AUGCCGUUUAUAUUCCGCUCGCUGCUGUUCGGCUUUGUGACGCUGCUGGUUGUGGUGUUGAUCAUUGAUGAUAUUGCACAAGUGGAGAAAGAAACUGCAAAUACUGGACAUUCAAAGAAGAUGAACUUACAUCGGCUCAUCCCUAAACCGCGCAGAAAGGCCGCAGCACACGUGGAUCCGACUGCUUUGACGAGGUUGAUCAAAGAUGUAAACCAUCUCAGUCCGAGCUACAACGCCACUGUGAAGCUCUCGUCCAACAACUGGACCUUCAACAAGAGCCUCUCCAACCUCAUCAGAAAGAAUAUCCUGAGGUUUCUCGAUCCAGAGCGGGACAUCUCCAUUCUGAAGGGCACACUGAAACCGGGAGAUAUCAUCCACUAUGUGUUCGAUCGCCACAGCACCACGAACAUCUCAGAGAAUCUCUACCGUCUUUUGCCAACUGUCUCCCCCAUGAAGAACCAACACCACAGGCGUUGCGCCAUUGUGGGAAACUCUGGGAUUCUGCUCAACAGCAGCUGUGGACCCGACAUCGACUCUCACGACUUUGUUAUCAGGUGUAACCUGGCGCCAGUGGAGGAGUACUCUCAGGACGUGGGGUGGCGGACCAACUUGGUGACCAUGAAUCCUUCGGUGGUGCAGCGGGCUUUCCAGGACCUAGUCAGCGACGAGUGGAGGGAUCGCUUCCUGCAGCGGCUUCAGAGCCUCAGCGGCAGCGUGCUGUGGAUCCCGGCCUUCAUGGCCAAGGGGGGAGAGGAGCGUGUGGAGUGGGCCCUUCGUCUCAUCCUGUUGCACACUGUGGACGUCCGCACCGCCUUCCCCUCGCUGCGCCUCCUCCACGCUGUCAGAGGGUAUUGGCUAACCAACAAUGUCCACAUAAAGCGUCCGACCACUGGGCUCCUCAUGUACACGAUGGCCACUCGCUUCUGUGAAGAGAUCCAUCUUUAUGGCUUCUGGCCCUUCCCACUCGACCCGCAGGGCAAACCAGUCAAAUACCACUACUACGACACUCUGAAGUACGAGUACACGUCCAGCUCCAGUCCUCACACCAUGCCUUUGGAGUUCAGGACCCUGAGCGCGUUGCACAGACAGGGGGCGCUCCGGCUCCACACUGGGACCUGUGACGCAGAGAGGAGACCACAGAAGGAGCUGCAGAGCAAAUAG